AUGGCAGCCAGUCGUUCAGAUGAGCGCAAGCUCGAGAGCGGAAACACCGCUCCCCAGGAUAAGGGCCUCCACCCGGCUUUCUACAUCGCCCUGUGGAUUGCCCUGAGCUCCAGCGUCAUCUUGUUCAACAAGUGGGUUCUUGCCAGCGCCAAGUUCAACUUCCCCCUGUUCUUGACAACAUGGCACAUGGUGUUCGCCACGGCGAUGACCCAGAUUCUCGCCCGGUUCACCACUGUCCUGGACUCGCGCCACAAGGUUCCCAUGAACCCUGCUACCUACACGAGAGCCAUUGUGCCCAUUGGUAUCAUGUUCAGUUUGAGUUUGAUCUGCGGUAACUUGGCCUACCUCUACCUGAGUGUGUCUUUCAUCCAGAUGCUCAAGGCUACCAACGCUGUCGCGACUCUCCUGGCCACCUGGGCUUUCGGUAUUGCCCCUACCAACUUGAAGACCCUCGGCAAUGUUUCCCUCAUUGUUGUUGGUGUUGUGAUCGCCUCUUUCGGCGAAAUCAAGUUCGACAUGUUCGGUUUCCUGAUCCAGGUCGGUGGUAUCAUCUUCGAGGCCCUCCGUCUCGUUAUGGUCCAGCGUCUCCUCAGCUCCGCCGAGUUCAAGAUGGACCCUCUCGUCUCUCUGUACUACUACGCCCCCGCUUGCGCCGUGACCAACGGUGUUGUCACCCUCUUUGCUGAGCUCCCCCGUCUGACCAUGGGCGACAUCUACGGUCUCGGAAUCGGCACUCUUAUUGCCAACGCACUGGUUGCAUUCCUUCUCAACGCCUCCGUUGUCCUGCUAAUCGGCAAGACCUCCGCCGUCGUCCUGACCAUGGCCGGUAUCCUCAAGGAUAUCCUCCUCGUUUGCGCCUCCAUGUUCAUCUUCCGCGACCCCGUCACUGCCCAGCAGUUUUUCGGUUACUCCAUUGCCCUGGCUGGUCUGGUGUACUACAAGCUCGGUGCUGAGAAGAUUCAGACCCUUGCCACCGACGUGCGCCUCCAGGUUGGCGAGUACAACCGCAGCAACCCCGCCGCCACCAAGGGCAUUGCCAUUGGUGGUGCUUGCGCUAUCAUUCUGCUCGUUCUGUACAGUGGUAGCCCUUCCGCUCAGGUGACCAACUAA